CACUUGUACUCGCUGUCUAUGAAUGUAUAUAUAUCAUAUGAUUUGAAAAUAGAUUAUAUAAAUGUAUAGAUAUUUAGAACGGAUUUUAUUGUUGAUAAGCAGCGUUUCAAACCAAUGCAGACUGACCUUAUCAGUCCCCUACUGGAACCAGUUUUUGGGACUUUAGGAUUGCACUUUUCUGUCCGUCCUUCCGUUCGUCCGCACUCUCUUGUCCAGUCCACAACUCUUGUCAUCCGUCAAUGGAUUUUAUGACUAAUGAUUACCUGAGAGCCGGGGACCAUGCUAGAAACUAGACAUCACUGGUUACCCAUCAUACUUACAGUUUAUCUACCCUUGUCUUUCGUUAUUACAUACUCAAUAGCCGUUGGGAACAAACAUGUUGAGCCCGGCUUCCCAUAUAUCAGUGAUACUGGAACCAGAUCUCCAGAAAGUUGUGUGUUCGGUCAGUUGCUCAACAUUGGUGCUGUUUUAGCGGGCAUUAUAAUUUACACAAGAUAUCGUCAAAGUCUGUACCAUUUUGAGAACAGCGCAAGAAAAUAUUUAUUGCAUUUAAACACUGCCGCUUUCAUUACUGGGCUCCUUACUAUAUUUGGUGUCAGCUUGGUCGGAAAUUUCCAGGAAACAAAUAUUUUGGUAGUCCAUCUACUUGGUGCUUUUUUGGCUUUUGCUGUGGGUUUUGUUUACAUGAUCCUGCAGACAAUCAUUUCAUGCAAGUCGGUCUCUUUUAAAAUUCCCGGAAAUUCUCUUUUCAUCAGAAGAUUGCGGAUUGCUUUAUGUGUCGCUGAUCUUGUGUUAUUAAUUCUCUUAUCCAUAAUGACUCUUGUUGCCGGAAGUAAAGGUCCUGGAGAAGGCAUAGAAGUUUAUGAUUGGACAGCUUCACAUCCGGGAUAUGCGGAACACCUGGUUGCAACAAUAUCGGAAUGGUUGGUAGCGUUCAUCACAGUGAUCUAUUUUGCUACGUUCUACAAGGAAUUCAAACAGUUCCGAAUGAAACCACCGGAAGUCAUCUAUUAUAACGAACAACCGAGAACAGAAAUAGCUGGGUCUGCCAAUGAAACAACGAGAAUUUCAACCGGACACUCCAUGUAUUAUACAACAGGUCUAACCGGAUAACGGAACACGAGAAAUUCGUUCGCGUCACAUGUGCAAUAAUGUUACUAUACUCAGAUUAUUUUUCCAGAGACAAAAUAGAAUCUAAAUGGAAACAUUUCACUUAUACUUACAAUACUCGUACUGUGUUUUGAGAUUUAUUUUCAGACUCCAUAAUGCAUUAAAGUAUUCUUUUCCUAAGUACAUUGUAUAACCGUUUCAUUUGGACAUACCAGAGUAUAUUGAAUACAGUGCUUUAGGGUAUAGCGGAUUUUAGGGUAUAGAGGAUAGGUUGAUAAAUUUUAUAUUUAGACUUGAAUUAUUGUAUAAAUUUUCAUAUCAUUCUUUUACUGGCAUGCAAACAGACAUAUUGACAUACAUUUUAAAUAUUUUCUCGUUGUGUUAUUUUUCAUAUGUCAUCAAAUGUAAAAUAAAGCUAUCCCCUAUAGACUAAAUCAGUGCAUAUGUAAAAAACGUCAGUGAAUGAAAAGUAUUUGAUAGAAAUUUAAAAAGCUGAAUGUUUUUGAAAAGAGAAUACAUUAUUAUUCUGAUUUAUAGUAAAGAAGUCUUGGAAAGUUUGUUAAGAUGUGGAUUUUAAACUAAUAAUGUAAAAAAUGACCAAAGCUAUCCUGUACACCCUAAAUCAGCUCAUAUGUAAACAAUGGCGUGGAGAGAAAAAACACAUGAAUUUCUAUGAAAAGCUGACUGUUUUAAGAAGAAUAGAUGUUUUCUGUCUGAUAUACUAAAAAAAAACUAUUAUUGUCAUUUCUUUGAAUUGGAAUGCAGGAAAAAUUAGUUAGCUAUCCGCUAUACCCUAAAGCACUGUAGUAUGAAUUUUGAAAUUCAUGUGACAAAUCUAUAGUUAUACCACAAGAAAUACAUAGUCAUAAGCCCUGUACAAAAUAAUUACGUACCAAAAUAAGUUAAGAAAAUUUACUUUCAUACAAUAGCAGGAAAUCCGAAAUAAUUACUCAUUCAGACAUGGUCGCAAUAACUGAUCACAUUAUCACAUGAUCUCUAUGUUGACGUCACCAGUAGUGUGGCAUGUAAAAUCCAUUAAUAAAUAAAAUCAAAAUCAGUA